UUCCAUCUAAAAAUACUCAAAUCAAUGCAAAAUAAACGACAAAAGUUAUCCGUUGUUCUAAAAAAACAGAAGAAGUUAAUAAAAUAUUCACAUGUUUCACUUUCGAUAAUAUUAAUAUAAUUUGAAGAUGGAAUGUACUGUAACAUCAACCCAGGUUGUAUAUCCUCAAAAGGACCGUAAUGAAGUGUAUAAAAGUGAUUAUGAUUUGGACUUUUGGAAGGAAUUGAAGAAACGCUGGAUGGUGCUCGGAGUCUUGAUGACAAUGGCUCUCGCUGUUCUUGCGCCGAAUUACGGGGCUCCCGGAGGAAUAUUUCACAUGGAAUACAUAAGUCACAUUCCCCGGACGUACAUAUAUUAUAACGCGGGUCGCACACGCGUGCAUGCAUGUCGCACGCGCAUGUACGCAUUGACAGCGCUCCAUGCACAUGUUGUCGCAUUCGUUCUGUCCGCUGUCACUGUUAACGCACUGUCAGUAGCUCUCGAUAGACGUGUUAUUGAAGGUGCGAUAUUGGCGUCUCUGGCGCGCCCUUGCGCGUGGCUGCCGCUCUCGCUGAGCAGAGAUGGAGUCACCGCGUCGUUAGCUGCUACCAGUUACGCGGUGUCAUUCGUAUUCUCCCCCCUUGCUCAUCUUUUGUUGUGUGGUCGUAUAGCUCUGCCGUCGUUGCGAGGAGUUCUCAUAACUGCGUCAUCAGCUCUAGUACCGUUCGUAAUUGGAAAUUUGUCCUCAAAAACGGAAAUCGAUGGUACUAUAAACAAGAUAUCAGCGCUGGCAAUACUGUACGGCGAGUGUUGCUCGCUGUUGCGAGAAGCGGAGGGCAGUUUGUACGUCAUUGAUGUAAUGGCAACACUGUUUUUGGUUGUAAGCUGGUUGACAACAGUGGCUGCGUCCAGCUAUCUGUACGUGAAGUGUGGCCUGCUCACGUUGCCUGAAGCCCACGUGCUGCUGCUGGUAGCGACGCCGAAGUCCACUCAUAUUGAGUGGGCGGCGCCCCCCUGCGCGGCGGGCGGGCUGGCGCGGCUGCCGGCCGUGUUCGGCGCGCCGGCGCAGGCGCUGCUGCUGGCGGCGCUCGCCCCCCCGGGGGCCUCCCGCGACGAGCUGCCCACCUAGAGCCCUCCCACCACUGCUGCCGGUGCUUCCUAGGCACGAGAGUUGACAUUUUGUUAAGAAUAAUAUUGUUUCAUAUAGGUUUAUCGAAAGUUGACGAAAUAUUUGUUCAAUUAUUAAAUUAAGCGGUCGACUGAAAUGAUCACUCGGUGGUAGGGUAGAUUCCACCCACUCAUCAGAUUUUCUACCGCAAAACAGCAAUUCUUAGUAUUGUUGUGUUUCGGUUUGAAAAUCAUCUUAGUUCACUAAGUUGUAGGCGCAUUGGUGAUGUAAGCAAUGGAUAAUAUUUCUUACAGUGCCGACCGCUUACCAUCAUCUGAUCUUUCAGUCCGACCGUUAAACUGUGCCUUCGAAAAAAAUCACAAAUAAAAGUGGUAAUC